GGACGCAGAUGGGACAUGGCUGUCAACCAUUCGGGCCGGUUCAUCACCCAUGGCUUCUCCCCGAGUCCAUCCACUUCGCACCACAACGCUGGGUUGCCAAGCGAUCAAGUGAUGGCCGGUGGAGCACUCCAAGACCCUACUCCUGUGCUUCUGGCGUCUGCUCAAUAUCAGGGCUUCUGUGUCCCCAUCAUCCCCUCUUAUCGUGGGGCUGCAAUGACAAUCAUGCUGACCUGAGUGGGUCAAAAGCCCGAUGACAUGGUGUAGGAUCAGCUGGCUCAGGCUCUCUUUGGCACUUGCUGCUUUGCCUCCAGCAUGAAUCCUAGGUAGCAAUCGCAAGGGAAUAAAUACCCCAGGCGGUGUUUCAUGUCUGGGGGGAUAUUUUGCUGCUGCACUUCAGCUGCAUACUUUUUGUACUAGACAUUAACGGCCGUCAUGCAUUGGGUUUCCACUUGGCUUCUACCCCUUCUAGCCUCCGAGUCUCUGGCACGGAGUAUCGGCAGUAUCCAGCAUUUUUCGACGCGACAGACGACGAAAUAUGCGGUAAAGCAGCCGCCGUUGACGACGAACUGGACCGACCAAGUGGGCACCGACCCCUGGCCUGAGUAUCCUCGACCGCAACGACAGCGGUCGGAUUGGAAGAAUCUGAACGGGAUCUGGCAGUAUCAGGCUGCCACGAGUCUCGAUGCGGUGCAAAGUCCGCCAUUCGGGCAGGCGCUUGCUCAGGAGGUGUUGAUUCCUUCUUGUCUCGAGAGCGGGCUGUCGGGCAUCCAAGCAGAGUCGGCAUUCUAUUCUUGGUUUCGCACCAACUUCACCGUCCCCAGUUCAUGGAGUGGACAGAACGUGUUGUUGAACUUCGGGGCCGUGGACUAUGAAGCGACUGUGUUCGUGAACGGACAGCAAGCGGGCGUCCACAGGGGAGGAUACUUCGAAUUCACAGUGGACAUUACUCCGUUUGUCAAUGCGACGACGAACAAUGAGCUCCUGGUCUAUGUCCACGACCCGACCGACAGCGACGACUAUGUGAUUCCCAUCGGCAAACAGCACCUGAUCCCCAGCCACAUCUUCUACACCCCCUGCAGUGGAAUCUGGCAGAGCGUGUGGAUCGAGUCCGCGCCCGCCAACUACAUCACGCAGCUGGACUUGAGCGGCGACAUGCACGGACAGGUCAACGUCACCGUUCACAGCGCCACCGGCAACAGCACCUCCGUGCGCAUCGCCAUCCACGAGGGCGACUCCGAGAUCGGGUCGAGCAACGGCACCUCCGACCAGCCGUUCCAAUUCAACGUCACCAACCCCAAGCUCUGGUCGCCCGACGCGCCCAACCUCUACAACGUAACCGUGACCCUAGGCGAGGACACGGUGGCAAGCUACCUGGGAUUCCGGACCAUCUCGCGGGGCGUGAUUGACGGCAUCGAGCGACCGCUAGUGAACGGCAACUUCACGUUUUUAUUCGGCACGCUGGACCAGGGCUACUGGCCCGACGGGCUGUACACGCCGCCGAACCGCGAAGCCAUGGAGUAUGAUCUGCGCGUGCUGAAGGAUCUGGGCUUCAACAUGGUGCGCAAACACAUCAAACUCGAGCCGGCCCUGUACUACCGCGCCUGCGACGAGCUGGGCCUCCUCGUCAUCCAGGACAUGCCGUCACUCCGCCCGCUCGAGAACGACGCCAGCGGCGCGACCAUCCUCCCGAACGAGUCCCAGCAGCAGGAGUUCGCCCGCCAGCUCGAGCUGAUGAUCCACCAGCUGAAAAGCUACCCCAGCGUCUUCGCCUGGGUGAUCUACAACGAAGGCUGGGGGCAGAUCACCUCGUACUACCCGGAGGUGUCGCUGACAGAGCGCGUCAAGCAACUCGAUCCGACGCGGCUGGUGGAUUCCACCUCGGGAUGGCACGAUCACGGCGCGGGGGACUUCCACGAUAACCACCAUUACGCGAACCCCCAAUGCGGCACGCCCUUCUACUCCAUCGACUCGACCCCCUACGACCCGACCCGGAUCGCGAUCCAGGGCGAAUUCGGCGGACUGGGCCAUAACGUCUCGAUCGAGCACCUCUGGAACAACCCCACGGCAAUCCAGGCAAUCAACCAAACCUACGAGAUGGACCUGGACCUGACCGCCUGGAACUACCGGAGCCACCGGCUGCUGACCGAGCUGCAGGACCAGGUGCGCCGGUACGCGUGCAGCGCGGGCGUGUGGACGCAGACGACGGACGUCGAGGGCGAGGUGAAUGGGUUGAUGACCUACGAUCGCCGGGUGAAGCGCGUCGACGAGGGGCAGUGGCGCGACGAUAUUCGGGGGCUGUAUGAGGCUGCUUCUUCUAGGAGGAAAUCUUAAUCUGG